AUGCCCGUCCUUGCCUUGUUGGAGGGCUCUACUUUUGAGAGCGACCUUUUGGACCGCCAUCUCGUAUACGACUACUUGACGCAUAACGCCGAAGGAAAUCCUGAAAGAUGGCGUUACGAACUUUGGGUGCAAAACGCUGAUCGUAUCGUCUAUGCUAUCCAUGGUGGCCCAAUGGCUGGAAGGAAGAAUUUCCAGGCAACUUCCUGGCAGUGCGUUCGGCCAACUGAGAUCUGGCAAUGCAACUGGUUAGAGGAAACCGGAACCAUUGUGUCGCUAGUAUACGAUAUUCCUAAAAAGAAGAUAACCACUUUUAUGGGGUUUUCGAAAGGUCACUGGGAGAAAAGCUUGGAAGCUCAUGGUGACAAGCGAAACACCGAAGAUUUAGCUCGUUGGCGGGAACUCGCCAAGAUCGGUAUCCAGACGGAUCGCCACCUUCUCAGUGAACAGACAAUUAUUGUGGAGGAUUUCCGUGGACCAGGCGAUCUCUUGCCUGUUAGUAUGGACACACCAACUCUCUAA